GCCCCCCCCCGCCCCCCCCCCCCGAUCCUCCCCAGACCUGCACGUGGAUUCGUCCCUUGCCUCGCUUUCCCGUAAGGAGUCCGUGGCCCCAAGUGGUUGGGCAGCUUGUCCGAGGUCACUCACUCUCUCCUGGCCUCCCACCAGGCCCGGUGCCCGCCGGCGUCCCUGCCCCCACCCCACCGGGCCUGCUGCUGCUGCAGAGACGGGCACCGGACAGCGCGGCCUCCAGAGUGAUAGCUAAUUGGGGAGAGAAAGGGCCCGAUUGUCUCGCGGGGCCGGAAGAGCGGCGUGGGCGGCUGAAAGAGCCGGAGAAGGUGGCCAGCUUCGCCCAGCAGCUGCCGCCGGAGACGUUUGCAGAUUACGUCAGCGCUGGCGAGCAGGGGGCGCGGGCAGAGGGGAGGCUGGGCAGCCACCCGCCCCGGGCCCUGACAAUGCGGUCAUUGUCGGCCCCGAGAGCCGCUCGCUCUGGAUGAAUGCUGCACGGGCCUCUUGACCACGGAGGCCGCUCGCCGUCCCCGAUCCGUCCUCUCACAUGCCAGGGAGGCCCUGGGCUGGAGUCUGGCCUGCUCGGGGGCUGUGGAGGGGACAGGGCCGGCCCUGGGUGUGGGCGUGGCCGAGGAGACGCCCAGCUGUCCUGAGCUCCUGGCCCAGGCCCCUGGCUGCAGGGUGGGCACUUGGGAGAGCCCUGCCUGGAACUCAGGGCCCGUGGGGCCGCCCGCCCUCGGCAUGGCCUCCUGGUUUGGCGGGAGCAUGGGCCCCGAUCCCCUCAUGGUCCUGCUGGUGAUUAUCUUGCUGGCGCGCUUCAUUCUGUGGUCCUGCCUCGGGAGGUACAUUGAUUACAGGCUGGCCCGGCGGCGGCAGCCCCCCAAACCCAAGGAGGACUAGGGCCUCUCCGGACGCCAGGCACGGCCCUUCCGGAGGGCACUGUCCCUGAGAUGCCCGACCCUGAGUCCGAGGGUGGUGGGGCCGGGGGUCAUGGAGCAGGACCGGCGAAGGACCCUGGUGCCCCACCCGCGGGCAGAGAUGGACGAUGGCCCACCUGGACUGACCAGGGCUGUCCUGGUCGCGUCCUACAUCCCACGCUGGGGGCAGAGGGGCCUCCACUGCCUGCCUGUCACUGCCUGGGGCCCCCUGUCGGGGUGAGUGAUCCGGGCGUAGGUCUCGCUUUAAGACUUUCUGCGCUUCCAAUUCUUUAUAAACGUGUUUGCAGAAGGAGGUGGGGGUGAGCCAGAGAGGUGGGUGGGGGGACACAAGAACAGAUGUGACCACACCACGGCCAGCCUGCCACCAAGAGUCACCCCCCUGUCUCAGUCACCUCCUGCUGCCCAGAGGGAUGAGUAAGUGCGGGCAGCUGCCUCGGUUUCCCCCAGAGCAGACCCCUUGGGGCAGGAGAACCUGGCGGUGGGGGGGCUGGCGACGAAGCCGCGAGGCUGGCGGGAAGGGAAGUGGGGGGCAGAGGAGGGUCAAGACUGAUCUUCAAGGACAAACCUCGCUGUGUCCGUCCCUCCCACGUCCUACGGGAUGCCCGGCGACCUGCAGCAGAAACUGGCACCUUUGCCACGCUGCUACCGCCCUGGGCUCCGGAGGGGAGCUCCCUGGUGGACGUGCCCUGUGUCCCCGGGGCC